UUUGAGUCCUUCUUCAAAGGGAAUUAAACAAAGAAUGUGGAAAAUUGGCAACGACUCUAUCGCCACCAAGUGGCAACAAUGAUGUGUGCAGUAUUUACCUAAAAUACGUCAAACUUCCAUUUACAGUGCAUCGCAACAGUAUUCAUAGCUGUUGAGCUUUCUCACAUUUUACAUUUUCUUAGGUUACAUCUGCAACUUAGGAUUUAUUGUAUUGUGAUUUUAUGGGAUAGACAAAUAAAACAUACUUGUGUCAAUGAAAAGCGACCAUCCAGAGUUAAAAUUAACCACUUAGCUGCUCUUCUCUGAUUAAUCCUCUUCAUUCCAGGCCUGUCUAGAUGUGGAGGUUUUAUUUUUUUAGAUUUAUCGACACACUCAUCCAAACGAUGAUGGAUUGAACAGUGCUCUGCAAAAUGUUGACGCAUGGGCUAUUAUUUUAUAUCAUUACGACUGUUUUAAAUCUACCCCUUACCUUUUUUUUGUCUUUGUGUUUGUUCACUAAUGUUCUCUAAAAAGCCUCAGAGCAGGCAGAUUUAUAAUGAGAAUAAAUUGCACAAAAGUAAAUUCAUAUAAUGUGGUAUCAGAGCAAAGGGGGUUAAAUAACACACCACAAUUUUUAUGUUUAGUUGAGAAACAAAUUAAAACCAAUUAUCCUUUUUCUCCCACUCCACAACAAUGCACUACUUUGUAUUGAUCUACCACUUAACUCCCAUUACAGCAUUUGAAAAUUGUAAUUUUCAAGUGACAAAAUGUAGAAAAGUUCACGGGCACGAACGUCUUUGCAAGGCACUCUAUAGAUGAUAAAAUAUUAAACAACAAAAACAUUUUGGUCUACUAACUGGGACCAUUGAUGUCCAACAGCUUCUAAAUGACCUCCAUCUUCCCCCCUUUCAUGGCCCACUCCAAGUUUAUGUGAUGACAACAUGGCCGCUGCCAGCGGGAACUUCAACAAAGUGUCCUAGUGUCCUUCUGCUGUCAUGGAAUGGCUUUCAUUUUUUUUUUGUCUAACCAACUAUCUGUGUAGUGUUUUCUGUGUGAGUAUAUUUAGUAUGCAGUAAUACGCUGCUGGCCUCCCACUCCACCCUGGGUGAGCUGCAGUGAGACAAGCUGCCCUGUCAAAACAGAGGCACUGCUUCGGACAUCUGUUGUUCUGUGGAGGGACUGUGGAUGUGGAAGCGCACAGAGGAUCGUCGAGACGCCUGCGGACCUCUGACUAAACUGGAUAGGUGCUGAAGAUCUGACUGAUUGACCAAGGAUUAAGUGGAUAAAGGUUCCUAACUGUACAUAGUUAUCAGUGAGAGCUUCAGGGUUGGAGUCAGGAGGUUCUUCACUUAUUGACGGAGACGGUUUCUGGAUCAACCAUGGCAUCAACCGGUCUCCAGGUGUUGGGUUUGGUGCUGGCCCUACUGGGUUGGGCAUGUGGGGCUUUGGUGUGUGCAGCUCCGCUGUGGCGCGUAUCUGCCUUCAUGGCUGGAGAGCUGGUGACUGCCCAGGUGUUGUGGGAGGGUUUGUGGAUGAACUGCCUGUCUCAGACCACCGGCCACAUCCAGUGCAAGGCCUAUGACUCCACCUUGGCCCUCCCUACGUCUGGCCAGGCAGCUCGAGGGCUGACGGUUCUUUCCCUGCUUCUCAGCGUUCUGGCGGUCAUGCUCGGUGUUGCUGGGGCCAAGUGUACCCACUGCAUGGGCGACGGAAACCAAGCCUCCAAAGCUCGGUUGGCCAGGAUAGCAGGGGUGCUCCUCAUCGUGGCUGGUCUCGCCUACUUGACGCCCAUCUGUUGGGCUGCCUAUGCCACGAUUAGAGACUUUUAUGAUCCAAAUGUUGUAGCGCCUUUAAAGAGAGAACUGGGGCCGGCGCUGUACCUGGGCUGGGGGGCCAGCGUGCUCCUCCUGCUGGGGGGAGCUCUGCUUCACGUCGGCUCGUCUGCGCCUGGAGGAAGAGCGCUGCCCGUGUCUGGAGCCGCAGCAAAGCCCAGCCCAUCCAUGGUGGCAGCAGGAGAAGUGAAGCAGCAGGAAAAGUCAUUUGUAUGAGAUCACUUUGUUGGACAGCUAAACACCUUACAAUUACAUGCUUUAAAAAUGAAUCCAUUAAAGUAUUAUUUGCUUAGUUGGAUUUCUUCCAAAGAGGGGCUGAUUUCAUGUCCUGUUCUACCUUCAGUCAAAGGGGCUUCUUAGCAGUACUAAAGCUUUAGAGUUAUGUCUUACUUACACUGUUGCCUAGCAUGAAGAUGUAUCUACAUAAAAUCUACCGUUCAGCUCAAAAUUAUUCAUACUCCUGGCAGAUUUAGGAUUUGACGUAAUAUUAAUGUUUUGUUGUGACCCAACCAGAGUCCCAUCCUAAAAAUUAGGGCGAUGGCUAUGAGGCCUUCCAACAUCAAAAAACUUGGAAACAUGCACUAUUUUUUUCAACACACCAUUUUUUAUUUAAAUGUAAAUAAAAACUUUUUUUUACAUUUUUAUAUUUUCAGAGAAGCCUCAUUUCCUAUAAAAAAACAAAACAAUAACAACUACUUACUUGAACGGAAAUUACAUUUAAAUUUGGAUAAAGUAUAAAAUUUUUCUGGCAUAUUUCAUUUUAGAAAAUUAAUGCACAUAAAGAAGGUUUUCUAACUUUAAGGGGUUUGUGUUGGAGUAGGAGUUGAAAUGAACCGUGGGAGGAUUUUAAAUGUUUUAAUGGUCACUAAUGCGCAUGGCUCACAUUUCUCAGAUUCCCCUCUGCCUCUGCCUGUGUGUGUGUCUGUGUGUGCAUGUGUGUGUUUGUGCGUGUGUUUGUGUGUGCGUGCGUGUGUUUGUGUGUGGGUGGUAUGUGUACUAAAGGCCAGUGUGCAUUGUACAUUAGAUUACACUGGUGUUUUUGCUGAAAGUAUGUGUAUUUACUCUGUUUACUUUUUUCUUUAUCACCUUAUCUUUGUAAUAUGCCUUUAUUCUUAAUAAACAAUAUUCUUUCUUCAACGGCUGCUGUUCCUAUCUGCUUAUGAAAAGAAUUCUUAAGCUGAAAUAUUUCUUUAAGAUUUUUUUUAUUAUUAUUUUGGCCAGGUUUAUUCUCAUAAUAAAGCAAAUGAAAAAAAUAUGCUUUUGUAUUCUUUGACUUUCAUAUAUUAAAGUAAUUAGUGUCCCAGAUAAAUUUAGCUUUUCUUGACUUAAUAACUAAGAAAUUGGAGAGCGACUACCUG